CAUGAGUGACGUGUUUUUCUACUGCUGCGGUUCACAAAAUGUAUUUCGUUCCACGACGUCUUCAAUGUCGCGAGCCAUUACGUUGAUCUAUUUACCACUGAAAUAAAGGUGGGAGGGAAAAUAAAGAGUGCAAAAUACAAUUUAGGUGGCUCUAAGCUCUCUGCCAUGUCUUUGGAGAAGACCUCCGACCUGGCCAAUGAGAACACAUGCUUGUCGUCCUCGCUGACCCUUGACCUCCGCUCCCCACAUAGUGCUCUGCUUGAUUCUGACCUGAGCAAGAAGGCCAAAGGCACCACCACGUCCUCCACCAAGAAGCGCCACAACUAUGCCACAUCCACACCUCUGGACCUCCUGAAUGGCACCAUGGGCAGCAAUGGCAUCGAUGAGGAAGAGUCCAGUCAGCAGCGAGAGGAGGAGAGGGUCCGGAACCAGGAGAACGAGCAGGGCCAGCACUGCACAGGGACCAAUGCCAAGUGGCUCAAGGAGGGUCAGAAUCAACUGCGCAAAGUGGCAGAGAGGCAGCAGGACCAGAAUAGAAAUUCUGACCAGGAUUUGAAUCACAACGAGAGCCCAGACGGAAACCCCAACCAUAACUCUUUAGUGGUGGACCAGCUGGAGGAAGACAGUGAGCAGAACCCCUCUUCUAAGACCCUGAGGUCCCUGUGCUCUGACCUGAAUGAGCCUCUGCUGAUCAACACCUCAGAGACCCCUCAUGGGAAGGAGGAAGAGGAAGAAGAGAAAGAGGAGGAUGGGGACGAGGAAGAGUCUCUACUACUUCCAACAGGUGGAGAGAGGGACACAGACUCGUCUGAGGCGCAGAGUAGCAGUGAGUCUCAGAGAGAUGACAGUAGAGAAGUCAAGGACACCUGCCUGCUGUUUCAGGGCAGAAAUGCAGCACCCAGUGAUGAGGACUCCAGCUGUAUGUCACUGUCUCAGGGCAGCACAGCCAACAGCACGCCAGACAGUGACCCAGAGUCUUACUGGGACCGCAGUGCGUUUGAGACGGACACAGACCUGCCUGCGGGGUGGAUGCGGGUCAGAGACGAGUCGGGUACAUACUACUGGCACAUCCCCACAGGCACCACCCAGUGGGAGCCCCCCUCUUCCCUAGAGGAGGGAGAAGCCCCAGAAAGACCAUUCAGUACCUCCCCUGCCAUCACACCCAACGAGGAGCCACAGUUGAUGUGGAAUAGUCUCACCCAGUCCCGCCCCAACAGGUUUAAUGACGAGGAGUUCUGGAAGGAGGAAGAUGCCAUGGCUGAUCAGACCCUAAAGGAUUUUGAAGGAGCCACAUUGCGUUAUGCCUCUAUCAACCUCAGCUGCUCACAAUCUGAAGAAAAGGAAAAGAUGAACUCGCUCAUCAAUGACCCAGAGGCAAAGGUUUUUGCAGUGCGGUCUCUGGGCUGGGUGGAGAUAUCAGAGGAGGAGAUGGCCCCAGGGAAGAGCAGUGUGGCUGUCAACAACUGCAUCAGACAGCUCUCCUACCACAAACACAACCUGCACGACACGGCUGGGAUCUGGGGAGAGGGAAAAGACAUGCUCCUUGUUCUGGAGAAUGAGAUCUUGAACCUGAUUGAUCCGUUGGGCCAGACUCUGCUGCACACCCAGCCUAUCGUCAGCAUCCGAGUGUGGGGAGUGGGCCGGGACAACGGCAGGGAGAGGGACUUUGCCUAUGUGGCGAGAGACAAACUGACUCAUGUUCUGAAGUGCCAUGUGUUCAGGUGUGACACACCUGCUAAGAACAUUGCCACAAGCAUGCAUGACAUCUGCUCUAAGAUAAUGGCCCUGAGGAAAUCAUCCAAGUCCUCUCUGAACAGACUCAACAUAGACCCCUCUAAACUGGUGGACAUUCCUUUCCAGGAAUUCCCUGCACCAAAGAAUGAGCUAGUCCAGCGCUUCCAGGUAUGCUACCUGGGUAACGUGCCGGUGGCUAAACCCGUAGGUAAGGAACGCUUUGGUAUGGACCUAGUUAACGUUGCCCUCGACACAGCAAUGAAUUCCAAAGACAAGGAAGAGUGGACGCCAGUAACUGUGAACGUGGCUUCAGCCACACUUACCAUAAUCACUGCUGAGACAGAGGAGGUUCUGUCAGAGUGCCGGGUGCGGUUCCUGUCUUUCAUGGGUGUGGGGAAGGACAUCCACACCUUUGCCUUCAUCAUGGCCGAGGGCUCCGGGGACUUCAUCUGCCACAUGUUCUGGUGUGAGCCCAACGCUGCCAGCCUCAGUGAGGCCGUGCAGGCGGCCUGCAUGCUGCGCUACCAGAAGUGUCUGGACGCCAGGCCACCCAGUACCAGCUCCUGCCUACCAGGCCCGCCGGCUGACUCCGUGGCACGCCGUGUGGGCUCAAGUGUCAAGAAGGGAGUUCAGAGCCUGCUGGGCAGCUUCAAGAGGUCUGGGUCCCAGACACCCUGAGAGGUGCCAACUAACCCACUACACACCGCUCCAAUCCACCCACAGGCCCAGCCCACCAGGAUGUUUGGAACUCUUUCUCAUUGGUCUAUUAAGUGGAAACUGCUGGACUCUUGGACAGUGGUUUGAGUGACAGCAAUAGUUGGUUAAACUUGGUCUAGUUUACAAAGUACCAACACUAAUUAUGCUUAGGAAAACAGUUCCGUUCUGUAACAUUGUCUCUGCUAUUUGUUUUGCAGAACAAAUAUAGUAUAUUUGUGAACAUAGAAAUGGAAGAUGUGCAAUUGAAUUGUGAAUGUGGUUGAACUCAUGCCAUUUGCUUAUGGAAAUAUCUUUUUUUUUUAUAUAUAUAUAUAUAGACUUGAAAGAAGUGAUUUAGAAACAGUGGCAUGAGAAGUCUAUAUAAAAUGCUACUUGGUGAAUGUCUGAGUCUUGAGCUGGAAGCACUAAGACAUGCUAGCUAGCCAAUAUAAUAUUCGGCAAAUACAUAUUUUGGGGUAUAUAUAGUUUGUAUAGUACAUUUUGUUAUAAUACCAUUUUGUUUUAAAUCCCCUCUUCCUUCCGGGGGAGCUGGUAAACCAGCAAGUGCAUUAUCUUUAUUUUAUAGCAGAAAAUGUAUUUAUGUGUAUUGCAAAUUGCAGUAAAAUGUGUAUAGUUCAUCUCCUCAAAUCUAAAAUGGAGAUGGCAUACUUUUAGAGCCUGGCUCAAGUUUUAGUGAAACCUCAAGUCUCAAAGAAAACUUAGGCUGUCUGUUACUGCACUCCAACUGUAUACCAAGUGGAUGGUAUGUUGGAGUCAAGGAAGAUGGCAGCUUUCUGAUGUCAAAGCUAAACGAAACGUGUUUUAUGGUGGUCCUCUUCAGGUCUAUUCUGUGGAAAUGGGCCUGAAGUAGAUUUUGUCAUCCUUUUUUUAUGUUCAGAUUUUGUAUGUUAGUCUGUUGUAUAACCAAGUUUUUUAUCUAUUUAACUUCAUUUUAUUUGUAUACGGUUUCUUUACGCAUGUGUUAAGUGUUAUAAUUGUUUUCCUUUACUCCAUUCUGUAUGUCUGUACUGUUUUGUAUGUUACAUUUAGUUGCAUCUGAGCAGUGACAGAGCUAUUGAUAGCUACCCCCUUGUCCUUUCAAACUGUUGAUAAGAUCUGACAGAUUUUAUGCCUCCUAAUUAAUUGGGUUUAAGGGCAGAUGAAACUCUACUAUCGUUGUGAUAGACAUGACACCGUCUGUCAGUACCACACACUGUUCAUUUAACUCGCACUUCAUUUUUGAAUUUACGUUUUUAAACAUGACUGCCCUCUGCUGGGCUUUAGAAUUAUUAUUUUUCAUGAGCAGUGUGUCUGACAACCCUACAGGAGUGCUAAGAAGCCUGAUGCAUUCAAUCAUCAGAAGGCAUUUUGUUAUGCAAAGAUUGCAAUACGGAAAGUGUUAUUUACCCACAGACAGUGUUUGUCUAUGAAAGAGUCAGACUGAAGUAUGUGUGGGAGUUUCCUCCUUAGCAUGCAGUAUGUGUAAAUCAUAUGAACACUUCACUACAUA